AUGAAUGAACCUUUUAGUUUCAAUGUAAAUGCUCCUUCGUAUUAUCCAGGAAUGAAAUAUAAGGGAGCAGGGGCAGAGGAAGAUGAUGAAAACAAUAGUAACCUCAACAAUACAAGUAAUGAGAAUAAUAUUAAUAUGAACAAUGAUGUUAAUAAUGAUUUGGAUAAAAUUAAAGAAGAUGAGGAAGAUAUAAAUGGUUCCGAAAUUGUCGAAGAUGAAAAUGUUAAUGAUAUAGAAGAAAAAAUAAGCAAACUGGUUUUGAAUGAUGAUAAUGAUAUUAUGAAAGAAGACGUAGAAGAGUUACAAGAAAAAGUAGAAGAUAAAAAAAUAAAAAUGGCUGAAGUAGACCCAAGACCACAUUUAAAUAUAAUUUUUAUUGGACACGUCGAUGCAGGGAAAUCAACAGCUUGUGGUAAUAUUUUAUAUAUAUUGGGAUAUGUUGAUGAUAGGACUAUUGAAAAAUAUGAAAGAGAAGCUAAAGAAAAAAGUAGAGAAAGUUGGUUUUUAGCAUUUAUUAUGGAUAUUAAUGAAGAAGAAAGACAGAAAGGUAAAACGGUAGAAGUUGGAAGGGCACACUUUGAAACGAAGGAUAGAAGAUUUACAAUUCUUGAUGCACCCGGACAUAAAAAUUUUAUUCCAAAUAUGAUUAGUGGUGCUGCACAAGCAGAUAUUGGUGUUUUAAUUAUAUCAGCAAGAAAGGGUGAAUUUGAGACAGGUUUUGAGAGAGGAGGACAAACAAGAGAGCACACAUUGUUGGCAAGAACAUUGGGUAUUAACCAACUCAUUGUUGCCAUUAACAAAAUGGACGAUCCAACGUGCAAUUGGAGUGAAAGCAGAUAUGAAGAAAUACAAAAGAAAAUAACCCCAUAUAUAAAAUCAUGUGGAUAUAAUAUUAAUAAGGAUGUUUUUUUCGUGCCAAUUUCAGGGUUAACUGGUCAAAAUUUAUCAGAACAUGUAUCAGAUAAAAAUUCGAAAAUUUAUGACCCUAGAGCUAGUUGGUAUGAUUUAUCGAAACCAACAUUAUUUAAUAUAUUAAAUUCUUUGCCACCUCCACCUUGGGAUGAAAAUGGUCCCUUAAGAAUACCUUUGUUAGAAGGAUAUAAAGAUAAUGGAAUAAUAGCUAUUGGAAAAAUUGAAUCGGGGACAUUAUAUGGUAAUAAUAUGAAUUGUACUUUAAUGCCGAAUAAAGUAAAAGUAAAAGUUAUGAAUGUUUUUUUGGAAGAUGAUGAAGUACCAUAUGCUAAACCUGGAGAGAAUGUUCGUGUAAGAUUAUUUGGUGUUGAAGAAGAUCAAAUAAGUAAGGGUUUUGUUUUAUGUGAUUCAUUAAACUUAUGUUCAGUUGUUCAUGAAUUCAUAGGUCGUGUUGCAAUUGUAGAACUACUUGAACAUAAACCUAUUAUAACAGCAGGAUAUUUUUGUAUUUUUCAUGCACAUACUGCUUGUGAAGAAAUACAAUUUGUUGAAAUGUUAGAAGUUAUUGAUAAAAAAUCCAAGAAAAAAAAAACAAAACCAAAAUUUAUUAAAAGUGAUUGUAUUGUAACAGCACACUUUUUACUCUCAAAUCCAGUCUGUGUAGAAGUCUACGAUAAUUUACCACAACUUGGUAGAUUUACCUUAAGAGAUCAAGGAAAAACAAUAGCCAUUGGAAAAAUAUUAGAAUUGAAAGUAUAA